AUGGGUUUCCAUAACAAUAUCUAUUCCUAUUUACAAGGUAAGAAAGAUGUGAUAUUACUAGGUUUUGUAUCGGCUUCGACCAUCGCAUCUGGUCUAGUUCCUGCUGCUCUUUCCAUACUUACGGGUAGGGUUUUCAACCUUUUAAACGAAUACACCCAGUGGUCAGAUCCCAUACAUGAGUUGAGACUUAGAUCGAUGGUGAUACUGGCAUUAGGAGCUGGUAGUAUUGUUAUUAUUUGGAUUUGCAUAUCAUCAUGGAUGCUUCUGGGUGAGAGGCAAAAUUUUCGAGUUAGGACUCAACUAAUCGAUUCUUACUUACAGAAACCUAUGAAAUGGUACGAUGACAACGAUACAUUGACCGGAGAUUUAACCCAAACAAACAGGUGUGUUGAAGAGUUGAGAUCGAGUUCUGCUGAGGCUUCUGCCUUGACCUGGAAAAACUUAGUCACGAUUUUAGCGCUUACCGUUACAUCAUUCUACUACUCGUGGUCCUUGACACUGGUAACCAUGUGUGGUGCCCCUGUUAUUGUCUUAUGUGCUAUAUUCUUCUCUCGACUGAUCCAUAUCUACUCAGAAAAGGAGAAUUCACAUACCGCAAUUUCUUCACAACUUCUUUCGUGGUCCAUGGAGGCAGCUCAGUUGGUUAGACUGAGCUGUAUGCAACUUGUGGAGGUACAAAAUUUCCAGUUAGCAGUAAAGAAGUGCAGUAAGAAUUUUAUGAAAAUGUGCCUUUAUGCUUCCGCUAACACGGCUAUUCUCAAAUUUCUAACUCUGACAAUAUUCGUUCAGGCAUUUUGGUUUGGCUCUACUAUGAUCAGAAAACACAAAUUGAGAAUCGAGGACGUUAUUACAUGUUUCCAGUCUUGUGUCUUAUUAGGUGCUACAAUAAAUGGGACUUUACACCAGAUAGUUAUCUUACAAAAGGGUAAAGUGGGAGUCAUCAAUGUCAAUGAAUUUCUCAAAAAGGACGAAUAUCUUAAGGAAGAUUUUAAGAAUAACCGUCGAUUUUAUUUGGAUGGUGGAAUUAGUGAAAAGAUUGAACUCCGCAACGUUCAGUUCAAUUAUCCAAGUAGACCAACUGUGCCAGCUUUGAAAAAUGUCUCAUUAACACUACCAGUGGGUAAAAUAACUUAUGUUGUCGGUAAAUCAGGCUCAGGUAAGUCUUCGUUGGGUAAUUUGCUGUUGAAAUUAUAUGACGAUUAUAAUGGUAGCAUCAGCAUUGAUGGUAUCGAUAUCAAGGGAAUUGAUCAAAAAUCAAUUCUGAAAAACAUUACUCUAGUCGAACAACGUUGUACUCUUUUCAAUGAUACUCUGCGAAAUAAUAUUCUUUUCGGUAGUAAAGAGACAGACGAAUUGGUUAGAGAUGAAAGUCUCAAAGCUGCCUGUAGAAUUUCCCUGCUAGAUAAUUUCAUUUACGAUUUACCCGAGGGAUUAGACACAUUAAUUGGUACUGGAGGUAUAACGCCAAGCGGUGGCCAACAACAGAGAAUAGCCAUUGCCCGUGCCUAUAUGAGAGAUACUCCCAUACUUGUGCUUGAUGAAGCGGUCUCUGCAUUAGAUAUCAUCCAUCGAGGCUUACUCAUGAAUGCGAUUAGAAAUUGGAGGUCUGAAAAGACUACUAUUAUUUUAACUCAUGAUCUGAGUGAAAUUGGACCUGAUGAUAUGAUCUACCUUCUGGAGGAUGGUGAGGUUGUUGAACAGGGUCAACAAAGGAACUUAUUGUUGAAUCAACAAGGUAGGUUUUUCAAUAUGGUAAGCCUAGGUGCUGGCACCGAUUUGGCUGAUUCCUCCUCAUUGAUUACUACUAUUGAGAUACCAGGACGUUUCAAAACGUCCACUUAUGAAGAUAGUCUGAUUGAAUACGAAUUAAAUACCCCUAGGAUUGAUGAGGAUUCAGGCAGCUUAAUGGAAAUAUGCAGUAUACCAUUAGAUGAUUUUUCCCAUAGACAAAAGGACAGAUCAAAGGCUCCAAGAGUUACUAUACAGGAAAAAUUGAACGAAAAAGAUCUUAGUAGUGAUGAAAAAGGAUCCGAAAAGGACAGAAGUCAAGAUCUGAUGUCAAUUUUAGAGAUUAUGAAGCGAAUGUACAGUAGUAGCUCGAGGAAAGGUGUUUUGUACUUAGGAAUUGUCUGCUCCCUAUAUGCAGGUAUUUCCAAUCCGAUUUUUUCUUACACAUUUAGUUACCUGUUAAAUGGUAUAGUUCCUGAUGGCAAUUCAGAUAGAGGAUCGUCCGGUUAUUUGUUGAAAUGGGCUUUCAUUGUGAUGGGGAUUGCCGCCGCAGAUUCUGGAUUAACAUUACUGAAAGAAUUUAUAUUAGGUUACCACAGUGAAAUUUACAUUAGAACGCUACGGGAUGAUGCUAUGCGUAAAAUCACUUAUAAUCGGAUAGAAUGGCUCACUCAAGAUAACAAUAAGCCAUCUGAACUUUCUGCCUUGCUCAUGAAUGAUUUGAGAGAUUUGAGGACCUCAACAUCUAAUUUCAUCAGUUUCGUUUCUUCAUUCGUGAUUGUGUCGUCAGUGGGAUUAAUAUGGGCUAUUGUCACGGGUUGGAAGUUAAGUUUAGUUUGCAUUUCUAUGUUCCCAUUGUUAGUUAUCUUCUCAAUGAUUUAUGGGAUACUGUUAAAGAAAUAUGAAACAGAAUAUAAGAACACCAUAGCUAAAUUGGAAAACGUUCAGUACGAAGUGGUAACUGGUAUGAAGACUAUUAGAUGCCUACAGAUAGAAGAUCACUUCAAGGCGAAAUUUAAUGUAUUGAAACAGACGGCUAAACUAAUGGGCCAAAGGCGUGCGAUUGUAACUGGCUUUGGUGUAGCGGUUAGUAAUGGGUUAACGAUGUCUAUCCAGGGAAUCUUAUACUACUACGCAAUUAAAUUGGUGAUCCAUGGUGAAUACACAACAAAGAAAAUGUUCGAAACUUUUACUCUGUUGCUUUUUACCAUUAUGACUUGCAACAAUUUAGUGAAUCAAAUUCCAGAUAUCAGAAGAGGUCAAAGGGCGGCUAGUAAAAUUUAUCGUAUUUUAGAGGGAAUAGAUGAAAGCGAAUGUUUCGAAACAGAGGGGCAUAGGAUAGUUCCAAUCGUUGAAAAUCCAACUGGACCCAUUAUCCGUUUCAAUGAUCUUUCCUUUGCGUAUCCAACUGCUCCAACAGUUAAAAUCUUAAAGCAUUUAAGUAUGGAGAUAUACAGUGGAGACAGAAUUGCAAUUGUCGGUGAAUCCGGUUGUGGGAAAUCCACUUUAGUCAAUAUAAUUACUAGACUGUAUGAGUGUCCGUCCAAUUCGCUAUUUGUUGAUAAUACAGAUGUCAAUGAUUGGGCCUUACCCAAGCUAAGGGAACAAAUAGCAGUUGUAGAACAGAAACCAACUCUAUUUAAGGGUACAAUAAGGGAAAAUUUAGUUUAUGGAUCACCAUUAGGUACUGCUGAUGUGGACGUCUUCAAUAUGUUGAAGUACGUGGGUAUUUAUGAUUUUUUUGCAACACUACCAGAAGGUCUGGAGACAAAAAUUGAUUCAGGAUUACUCUCAGGUGGUCAAAAUCAAAGAUUGUGUAUUGCUAGAGCGCUACUUCAGAGGCCCAAGAUUUUGAUUCUUGAUGAAUGCACUUCGGCAUUAGACACAAUGAGCUCACACAUUAUUAAUGAAAUCAUUAGAGAGGGGCCGCCAACCAUGUUAACAAUAUCAAUUACCCAUGAUGAGCAAAUGGUUAGAGCUUGUAAUAAAGUGGCGGUAUUGGAUCAGGGCCAUAUAGUUGAGAUGGGCAAUCGAGAAGACCUCUUAAGGCAAAAGGGUCAACUUUGGAAAUUGGUUACUAGAAUUGGUGACUGA